GGAAUUUCUAGCGGAUCUUACUGGACGUAACAAAAUUGCAAACGCAAAACAUAAUAUUCUUGCUUAUAGAAUAGGGUCCGACAAAUUUAAAAUUAUUGAGGGCUUCGAUAGUGACGGCGAGAAGCGCGGCGCAGAACCAGUGAUGCACCUGCUAAGGGUAUUGGAUCUAACCAACGUAGCAGUGGUUGUAACUAGAUGGUAUGGAGGCAUUUUUUUACGCUCAGACCGAUAUAAAUGCAUCAGGACCGCUGCGCAGCACGCUCUCAUCGCAGGCGGAUUCAUUAAGGAAUGAGGGAAAGAUUUGGAUUCGAUUAAUUAAUACCUAGUUAACUAUAGUAAGAAUGUACUUAUAUUAUAAUGUACUGAUAUUAUAAUAUAUAUCAGCAAACUAAUUUUAUAAUGUAUACAUAUUAUAAUACAUAUUCUCUUAAAAUGG